ACCAUCUCUGAAAUCAAACUCAGAAUCCAUGGCGACCAAAACCCUAAUCCGAACCGGAGCAUCUCUGCUAAACCGCUUGGUCUCCAAAUCGCUGUUGCUUCACCAACCCAAUACCACCCACAACCCCCACGUGUUCCCAUCUCUCUCCAAAAUCCAGACUUCCCUCCAUCUACCCCCUCAAAACGACGCCUUUUCUCUCUCGAAACUCUCUUCCCAAGCUUUCGUCCACCCCUCUGGCCUCCCCUCUCUCGAAUUCUUCUUGCCGGAAGGGGAUUCAUCAAGCGAGCCAAUGCUCUUAUUCCCCAAAAGGACAUUCCAGCCUAGCACCAUCAAGCGUAAGAGGAGUCAUGGAUUCUUUGCUCGCAAGGCAACCAAGGGUGGACGGAAAGUCAUUGCUCGAAGAAUAGCCAAGGGUCGUUCAAGAAUUACUGCUUAGUAUCUCCAUUUCUGCCAAAAUUGAUAACCUGCCUUAGAUUAUGGUACACUAAAGCUAAUCAAAGAUGCUUUUGCUCUGUCAUGUUCAACCUAUCACUGGCUCGAAUGAAUUGUGACUGCACUCCCAUGACUGUUGUUUUGGUCCCUUCAUUUGUUCACUUGAAAGAUUGUGCUUUUCUAUACAUAUUCUUGCAAGCAUAUGCCGUUACUUGGAUUGUUAUGCAAAUGUCUGUAGUUUUAAUAAUCAUAAAAUGUAGCUGCAUCCAUUAUUUGUUUAAAUCCAAGAGCAAUGAAACGUUUUAAUCUUGAUCUGAUGAUCCAAAUCAAGGUUAUUUUAGGCGAAGUUGCCUCUGAUACCUCGAUGUGAAUUGACUGUAAGCACUUGCAACACUAUAUUCCUAGUUGGCGUGCUUCAUAGUAAAGAAUUUUAUUGAUCUGAUGAUGAAUUUUUUCACAUUCAAAUUAGUUUAACAUGGUUCUAGUAAACCUUGAAUUGAUUAUAAGUUUGUCACCAGAUUCAUUUUAGUUUAUGAGACUAUCAUUCACACCUACACUGAGGAAGUUAGCCUGGAAUGGAGUUUUCUUCUGAAACAGAAAACUGUUCUGAUUCAGAGAGCUGGGAUAACCUUAAUUGCUAUGGCCUGCGCCUUUUAUUGCUUGAAAUACAGACACAGCCAAAAUGCUGCCAUUCUGGAAUUCCAACCUGUCAAGCACAAUUCAACAGAGAACUAUAAAUGUGAAUUCGUACAAAGUCUGUGGAGGGUACAUCUCGGCCUAUACCAUCUAACCCUAUAGGCCCAAUUGAGAGAAGAACUGUAAGUCACAAGUGAAAGCCAUCAAUUCCUUGAGACUCUCAAGGGUAAUGAAUUCAUCCAGUAUCCAUUGAUAACUAGUAACCAUGACUAGGGCUUUGGCUAUUUUUUCAUUUACAAGUUUCGCUGUACGAAUUUACAUUGAUGUAUUAA